AAGAAGAGUGAAGAAGAGUCCGGAGGGAGUCCCUCGCCGAGGAGGCGUGCGGCGCCACGGUGGAUACCGACGCGACGACUCGGUUGCGACUAUAAGUAAGUCUCGCGCGGCGCGCCGCGGCUUAAUGCCGUCGCCGCGUCCGUGGCGCCAAGAGGAAGGUCCCAUUGGUGACGACGAUAAGCCUCCUGCGACUGCGAACAAGUGGAAGGACCAAGAGAAAUAGAGAGGGAGACGCGGUGAAUUUAUAUUCCAUAGAAUAGUGGAUCAUCACGACAGUGCGGAUAACACGUGGCUGUCAGUCGGUCUUGCUAUCGUGUCCGCUUCGCUCGCCAAUGUUGAUCAGUGAUCGGUAGCGUGACAGUGUUUGAAAACAGCGACCUUCGAAUUUGUUUUUCGCAUUAUACAAAAUACCGUGCCUCUAUAUUUCACAUUUUACCUUCACGAGGUUGUUUCAAACGCGAUUAUUGUGGUAAGAUAACGUCCGUAUAACGUUGUGCGUACACAGUGUGCUGUGAGGCGAAGGAGGACAUUGGUCGUGCGUGGUCCCACUGUUUCGCGACUUGCCCUUCGCGCGACGUCGUCAUUCUCGCGCAUACGUUCAUUCGCAUCACGCGAUCAUCUGCAAUCAUACCUGCAAUUAGGCUUCCAUUCUCACAAGUGACAGCAUGUCCGGCAUUCUCUAUACGUUGCUGGGCCUUGCGGCCAGCACGAGCCUCCACUGCGCCGUACGCCGCGAGAUCAGCCCAUGCACCUGCCGACAGGAAGAGUUUUCCAGUCCCGUUAUCAACCAAGCGCAGGUGCCGGUGACGGUGGCUGCAUCCAACAGCGAGGUCGCCAAUGCGAACGGGGUCGCCAAUGCCGGCGACGGUGGAGGAAACGGUGGUGGCGGUCACCACAUAGGGGAACGUAUAGAGGUAUUAUGCGAGAAGAUGAGAUCAUUCGACCAGCUGGUCGAGGCUCUGAGCGGCAAGUUCACCCCCGAGCAGCAGAUCACUUUGCGGGUGGCGCACUCGAAUCUACGCGACAUAUCACGCCAUGAUUUCAAGGAGCUGCGUAUGUCUAUCACCCGACUCGAGCUAAAUCACGAUCAUCUCGGAACUAUGGACGGUGAUAUUUUCGCUGGGCUAGGUCGAACGCAAUAUUUGAGUCUUGCAGAUAACGAGAUACCGUCGAUACCGAGGCACAUCUUGUCACAUCUGUCGCUAUUAAGGACUUUGGAUCUCAAUAGGAACCAGAUAAGCCGCAUCGAUUUGGAUGACUUUAAGUACAAUCCAACGCUUCAGCACUUGGCUAUGGCCGGAAACAUGAUAUCCGAGAUGAUCCCAGGCUCACUACCGCCUCUAGUGAAGCAUUUGCACGUCGGUAGGAAUCGUCUGAAAAGCCUGAAUCACACUUUAAGAGAUCUGAAUCAACUCGAGUGGUUGUUCAUUAAUUCUAACGAGCUCACGUCACUCGACGGCGAGCUACCGUCGUCCGGUCACAAUCUGAAGAUGCUUUACGCCGCGGAUAACAAGCUGACACAUCUGCCAGCUGAGUUCCGAUACCUCCACCGUCUGGAGACUCUCUUCCUCCAAGAAAACAAGAUCCGAAAUCUCGAUGGUACUCUGCAGAAAGCCAGACGUCUGAAGUUCUUGGAGCUCUCUUACAACGAACUGCAAGAGCUGAACGCGGACGAUUUCUUAGAGACCGAGAUGUUGGAGGACCUCGAGCUCGGUUACAACUCUCUCAAGUCUCUCGGCGGCGAUGGAAAUGGAAGUAGCGCUCUUUAUCCUCUCAGAUCGCUCAAAUGCCUGAAUUUGACGCACAACGAGCUCCGGGAGUUCUCACUGGCUUCUCUACGCGAUCUGCGCGAGCUGAGGCUGCUCGAUCUGUCGAACAAUCGAAUCGCCAGACUGCACAAAGGAAGGCCGUCCUUCGAGAACUUAGUGGAGGAGGAAGGCGAAGAGAUCGUGGGUGGUAAUAUCCAGGAUCUGCGUCUUCAGCAUAAUGAACUGUGUAGCCUGGAUGGCUCUCUAUUCCUGGGCAUGAAGGAGUUGCAGAAGCUCAAUCUCAGUCAUAACGCGCUGGGUCCCACGUUCGAGUUGCAUGAUCUGCGCGGUCUCAACGGGCUUCGCACGCUCGACAUCUCGCACAAUCAACUCACCACUCUCGAGAGCACGCCGGAGACAUGGCUGCCGUCCCUGGAAGAACUGAACAUGUCACACAAUCGUCUGGUGACACUGUCCGGCCGAGAUUUCCGCAGUUUCCCAGUGCUUUGCUGGGCCGACGUCAGUAUGAAUCAAAUACAUACUCUCAUGCCGGAGUUGGUGGCUAAUACGCGAUGCACAAUUCACGGAGUCCCCGACGUGCUACGUAUAUACCUUCAAGAUAAUCCCGUGCUGUGCGACGCCGGCCUGGCCGACUUGACCGUCGCGCUCGAGGUAAAUCACGCCAAGAUUUACGGGGUCGGCAGCGAUUGCCCAACCACGACAAUGUCCGCGCGGCCGUCGACGGUCGAAUCGACAUCGGCACAGCCGCCGGCACCGAUACCGCCGACGCUUCUUCUGGCCGCCGGGGGCAACGUAUCCUUCGCCGCCACCCUCGAGUAAGGGCUCCGGCAUCGCCGCGAUGCGUGCUGGCCCUACUAGAAUAAUUGCGCGAGCACCACAUCAAGCAGGAUAAAGAUCCUGGAAGGAAAGGAGGGAUAAAGACAGGAAGGAAAGAAGAGGAUAAAGUCCCGACGUAGAGAAAUUCGCGCGAGAAUUCGUUUUCUUGGUUGGGCGAGAUGGCAAGAAGAGCGUGAGGUAGACCACUAAAAUACGAGCGGAUCAUGUCAGAAACGACAUGUCGUCUCUGUGGAUAUCUAUUGGUAGUAAUGUAAUGUAACGGUGUUUCCGACUACUAUCGGAAAAUUUCGUUCCCGAUCGAAAUGUCGAGGGAACGAAAAGAAUGUUUGUCCACACAGAUAGAGAGAGCGGUUUCGUAAGACGUCGAGAGAAGCACCUUCUUUAGUCAUAUUAAGUCCCGAGACUGGAUCUGCACAGUCUCGAUAGGAAGAUCCUUCGCGUCCAAAGAUAUCCGUUAGACCGGGCUGAUACGAACAUCGCGUUCGUUCGAGAUCGAAGCGCAGCCUUGGAAGAGCGAAAAAGUUGAGGAUCUAACGGAAUCAAUAAGGAACGAAUGAAUGCGGACUUGUACCGCGCGCGAAUGAAUUAUACUCACCUUUCCGUUCAGAUGAGGUCCUUACAUGUUCUCGCAUUGUAAAUAGUCUGUACCAGGAAAGACUCCCGUUUAUUACAUAGAAAUAAGCCGUCUUUAAUUAUUCUUUCUGUUGAAUUCAGGUUGAAUGCGAGAUGGGAAAUGAUCGACAAUGUAUUCACGAAACUCGAUAUUGCAUCGAUCGAGCGAUGCGAUAUUCAUUCUUAUUCAUGUCGUCGGUGCGUUUUUUUUUUCAUCACUUAAAACGUAUGGCAUUUUCGACAGAUUCAAUCGCGAGUUCAAUAUGACAGAGUAACAGAAAUUGUACAUAGAAUAUCAUUGUAUUUUAGAAAUACGCGCGGAGUAUCCGAGCGUUUCUCGAGUACGCAGCGGAAAGCAUUAAUCAUUGCUUUCCGAUAAGUUUCCGACGUAUCGCUCAGCGGAAUGACGAUCCGAAUGAGGGAAAACAUGACGUCGCGACGUUUUACAACAUGACAAAUCGUAGUAGACUUCGGUCUUUAAUCAAAUUUCUCAAUGGCCAUGUAUAUGCAAAUGAAUUCCCGACGGGUCAAUGAAGCAAAUAAAAUCUGUUAACUUAUUCCGUUGGUAUGGGCAGAUUGGCAGUGGGCGAUCAAUUGACUCCUUCGUUAACUUGUGCUAAUAGGGACGAAUUGUUAUCAACGUGCUUCUACGCAUACAUAAUGGGAUCAGCCCGUUUAUCAACCCGCGUAUGAUGUUUUGGCUAUUUCAUGCGCGCGUAAAUAAUAUAUUAUAGUAAAUAUAGCAUAUAAACGUGUUCGUUCGUCAAAAAUUCGCGGAGGAGCUUUAUACGAGAAGCGCUCUCUCCCAAAUUAACAUUCGUAAUAUUAAAUACAUUAAUUGUAAAUCGACAGUUUCGGAGUUCGACUUUCUUAUGCGCGUAAUCAAUAUUAAACGUAGUAUAAAUAUGAAAAUUUGCAUAACUCAUAAGAAUCGACAUUUUAACGUUAAAUCAAUUUGACGUUAAAUUAGACGGGUGAUUAGUAUUUCUUCUCAUUUUUUGACAAAGUAUAUGAAUAUAUAUGUAUGUACGUACAUAUACACGUAUGUCAACACAUACAUAUAUGUACACACAUAUACAGAUACACAUAUACAUUGCAGAAAGCAGCCAAUAGCACGACUGCUAGCUUAAUUUUAGCUAGAACUCAGAAUCAAAAUAAUUUAUCUCAUUAAGUAUUUUAAUAAAGAUUAACUUUGCGUUGUAGAGAGGCAUCGUGAAAAUCGUGAAAUAAAUGAUCAAGUAUUACAAUGAGGAAAUGUAAUGCUUAUCUAAUAAGCAUGCAUAUAUGCAAAUACCGCCGAAAAACCACCGAAGAUUAAUACAAAUACAUUAGUAUAAGAU